CGUUCAUGUAAAAACAUAUUCAAUUUAUGAUUUUUUUUUUUUUGCUAUCAUAUAUUAUUUAAUUAAUUAUUAUUGGAUAGUUGCCGUGCUUCAAGAAUGUAUUUUCUUUUAACUAUGCCCAUCAAAGAUUGUGGCCGGAUCCAAUAGACAGGUACAGUAGGCUGCAAUAAUUUAGGCACUAUUAUGAUUAUGUCAUGCUGGUUUCACAAUCAACAGCUAUUUGACUAAAAUAAUGUAACAUUCCACUUUCUUCUCUUUGUAGAUGCUCUUCUGAAAUAUUUUCCUUCUACCUCUGUACAUCCUGGGCCAUCUUUUACAGUGAACUUAUCCACAUCAGCACCAAGGCCAAGCCCACCAAGUCCAGAUCAACACUGACAUUGGCUAUUUACGUUGGCCCUCAGCGGCUGAUUGUGAGAGGAGAGAUCUUACGCUUCAUUAUUUCAGAAUGACGAUUUGAUCAGCCAUGGAUCAAGAGAAGCUGGUUUUGACAUCUUUAUCAGCAGCCGAUAAGCACAAAGAUUCAUCAGUGACAAGUGAAAUCAACCUCGCAAAAUCAUCUGAAGCACUCUGGUCACCAUCUAUGGAGCAGCAAGCCACGGACAGUAUGAGCGUCACCUCGGCUGACCAGGAAAAGCUGCUGCUUCUCAACAAAAACACGGAGCUUCGCAGAGUCAACAAAGAGUUGAUGAAACUGAAUGACGAGUGGGACCAGAUGUACCGUAACACCACUGUAGGAUUACAGCACAGGCUGGAAGCUUUGGAAGUAGAAAACGCCACCCUUAAAGAACUAAAUAGCAAACUACUGCUCAAAGUUGACAACCAGCAGAGUGCAAAGGACUAUUACGAGCAGGCGCUCAUGCUGCAGCUGAAGAAGAAUCAGGAACUACAAGAGUAUGUCAAGCUACUGGAGGGCCGAAUGCUCGAGCCACUUGUCCAAAAGGACACGGUCAGGACGACCGUCCCCGACCCUUCGUCCCCAACUUCCCCCGCAUCAUGUGUCUCACGGCCCCCCUCCAGUUCAGAGGUGCAACUGCUGGCCAAACCCACAAGCUGCGAUUGCCACCAAGAGGUUGUAGAGUUAAAAGAGCAGCUAGAAGCACUGAGGUGUCAGACUGAGAUCUAUGAGGCAGAAUAUCAGAUGGAGCACAACAUCCACAAAUACACAAAGGAGGACAACCAAAGGCUCAGGAAGAAGCGGGAGGAGAUGCGACAACAGGUGGACCUAUUGCAAGAGCAGCUUAAGGUAUACGAGGACGACUUUCGUCGGGAGCGAUCGGACAAGCAGAUGCUGCAGAGGCUGCUGCUGAAAAAAACAUCAGGCAAAAAGGAGCCGGUGCUCGUGCAUCGCUGCAAUAAUGGAACACAGCCACAAGGAGGAGACAAGCGGACACAGACUGCAAGCAGAAAGCAACACCAUCCUCUCUGUCCCAAGCACCCAAAUAGGGACAAAGACUAAUCAGGGUGGAAACUUAUAAAACAUACUGUGAAGAAAAAAAACAAACAAAAAAAACAAAGGUUUGUUUUUGUCUCAGAAACUCACGGAAGAUACUGAAAAUAAUUAUGUCACAACACAGAUUCAUUGAUUGGAUAUAGAGUAUAAAUUAAAUGCUGUAAACAAAUCAAGAUUUAAUAUUUUUUUGUGCAAUGGAAAAUUAUUGCAAAGCGAUAUUUUUAAUAAAGUAUAUAUUGCUGGUAGAGAUGUCCCGCUCGAUCGGGUCCGAUCACGUCAUUUUCAAAGUAUCGGAAUCGGCAAAAAAAUAUCGGCCAUGCCUUUCUUUAAUAUAUAUAUAUAUAUAUAUAUUUUUUUUUUUUUCAAUUAAAUCGUUUUCUAAUUGUAUUUAACGUUACAGAUAUAAUAUGUUGCACUCAUCCAGAGUCUUUAGUUUAGGCUUAAGGUAGGGUUAUCAAAUUUAUCCCAAUAACGGCGGUAACACGUUUUUUUAAAUGUAUCACGUUAAAAAAUUUAAUGCAAUUUAUGCAUGCGUUGCAUGACCCACUUACGCAUUGUCGCGCUCAAUCUGUAAUUGCGCCAUUUUACCUAUAUAGAGAGAUAAAAGGCAGCAUGAAAUAAGUAGAGUGAAUUUUGGCAGCCUUUGGAGGCUUAUUUUAAUUGGCUAAAGCCUUACAAUCCUUCUCCCUACAAUUAGAAAUAUCAUGGGAAGCAACACCUUAUUUUAUUUCCCAACGCAGAGAAGAUAUAUCAAUUGCUAGCACUACGCACAGUCAUGGUUCCACUUCCCAUCAUGGUUCCACUUCCCAUCAUGCAUUGGGACAUGGCUGCAGUAUCAUUUACUGAAAGCUCAACAAAUACACUAGAUGGCAAUAUUCAGUCACAAUAUACAAAGUCACAAGUCUUUCUAUCCGUGGAUCCCUCUCACAGAAAGAAUGUUAAUAAUGUAAAUGCCAUCUUGAGGAUUUAUUGUCAUAAUAAACAAAUACAGUACUUAUGUACUGUAUGUUGAAUGUUUAUAUUCGUCCGAGUUUUAUUCAUUUUUUUCUUAAUGCAUUGCCAAAAUGUAUAUGAUCGGGGAAAAUUAUUGGGAAUGAUUGGAAUUGAAUCGGGAGCAAAAAAAAGCAAUCGAAUCGGGAAAUAUCGGGAUCGGCAGAUACUCAAACUAAAACGAUCAGGAUCGGAUCGAGAGCAAAAAAACAUGAUCGGAACAACCCUAAUUGCUGGCACUUAUAAAAUAGCUCAGAAGUAAAAAUAUGUAGCAAAAUAAUUAGAGCUGUUAAAAUUAUCGUGUUAACGGGCGUUAAUUAAUUUUUUUAAUUCAUCACGUUAAAAUAUUUGACGCAAUUAACCCAUGCACUGAAUGACCCGCUCACGCAUUGCCUCAAACAGAUUACAAUGACGCCGUUUAUGGACAUUAAGAGUGAAGAGAAAGCCACCGGCCGCUUGGGGGCAGCACCGUUCCAUACUAAUGGUAUUCCUUCUACUAGUUGGAGAAUUAGUAGUUUUGAGACGUUUAUGCUGUUACAUUGUGCUAUUUGUUCUCCACGCAUAUUUCUGUACGUUUUCUUUCUUUUAGUGGCAAUUAUGUGUCUCUUGUUGUAUUUUGGGUAAGAUAUGUACAGAAUUAUAUAUGUUAAAAAGGCGAGUGGACACAGGUGUUCUUUAGACCGCGCCUUUUAUUGGCAAAAGCUUCGGCAACUCCUUCACAACAAACAUAAGUAUCAUUUAGUGAAAGCACAACAAAAAUAAUAUUCCUAUCUCUAAUGUUCACAAAAAAAAAAAGCACUUCAGUCCGUAGUAAUGAGGCCCUAUUCUCACACAGUUAAACAACAAUGCAAAGUGAACUGGCUUGAACCGGCAACUUACUCAGACUUUGGUCACUCUAUUCUUAUGAUUGUUAUUUUUAUUCUUAUUAUAUUAACUCUACUUUUGAUUGAAAUUUUUACAAAUUUUAUUAAAACGAAAACAUGAAGAGGGGUUUUACUAGAAAAAUUACUAUAACUUGUAACUAUAACAUUUAUCUUUUAAGAACUACAAGUCUUUCUAUCCAUGGACCAGUUUAACAGAAAGAAUGUUAAUAAUGCCAUUUGUGGAUUUAUUGUUAUAAUAAACAAAUACAGUACUUAUGUACAGUAUGUUGUAUGUAUAUAUUCGUCUUGUGUCUUAUCUUUCCAUUCCAACUAUAAUUUACAGAAAAAUAUGGCAUAUUUUAGAGAUGGUUUGAAUUGCGAUUAAUUGCGAAUAAUUACGAUUAAUUAAUUUUUAAGCUGUGAUUAACUCGAUUAAAAAUUUUAAUCGUUUGACAGCCCUAAAAAUAAUACAUGUUACACAAUGCUUUAGACCAGUGGUCUCCAACCUUUUUUGCACCACAAACCGGUGUGAUGUGGGCCUUUUUUUCACAGGCCAGCAAUGUGGGCAGAAAAUCACAGUAAAUAAAAAAUAACACGAUGGAGCUAAAGACGAACAUUAAGUGCAGGGAAAAUGUAACUCACCAUAUGCUGAAUCAACCUUUUUUUAACAGCGGCCUCUCCUAAAACUUGACAUCAAAUAUCCUUGGUUGCAGUCAUAAAGACUUCUUCUUCAACUGUGAAAGGUUUCUUGACUUUAGCAAUACGGUUCGCCGAGAGGUAUGCUGCUCUCAGUGUAGUCACUUUUGUUGUCUCGUUUGCUAGCUUUUAGCCACAUAUUAUAAAGAAUGGACUUGGUUGAAGGCUCCCCUUCUGGCUCAGCAGGUAGCCUUUUCCCUGUAAAAUCGCUGUCUAAACGUGUGGGUUUAUUAUUUCCGGGAACAAAUCUGAUGCACCUAUACAUCAUUAUCCAGGACAAGCACACAUAGAUAUUUAAGAGAAAAAAAAUUGAUGCUAGACGCUAGCAACAACUGAUAAUCCGAGCAAACACAGCCAACGGCAGCUAACGUUACUGUUUACAUUGACUGACGCUGGUCUGCUAUGGGUGUGCAAACACCCCAGUAAUGGUGGCCAACCACUAGAGGGCGCCAUACACAAAUCUCUACUCAGAUAAGUCAAGAAGCACAGGCCAGAUUGCGGUGAAUAACAAAUUACAGUGGUACUUCUACAUACGAAGUUAAUUCAUUCUAGGGCCUUGUUUAAAAGUCAAAAUGGUCGCAUGUCGAGCAGGACUUUCCCAUAAGAAUAUAUUGUAAUUCCAAUAAUUCGUUCCACAGCCUGAAAACUUACACUAAAUCCUUAAUAAAUACUGCUGAUACUAUUACAAAUGGCCAUUACACAUAGCAAAACAAAUAAAUUAUAAAUAAAAAUCAGAAUAAUAAUAUAACAAUAAUAAUUCCUGAAAUAAUGUAAUGAAUCGGGUUCUAAUGUGGCGAACGUGUUUUGUGUGGUGUACCUGAACGCACCGCGUGGCUGACAUGACAGAGUAAGAAAGGUGAGCUAGAGAUUUUACUUUCUCCUCUAAUGUUUCGUUGUUGGCGUCACCUGCAGUGGACAGUUGGCGUGUUGUGUUGCACAAGUUCUGAAAUAAAUGAUUAAAAACCUGACGAAGCUGGCUAUUUCUUUGGCGAUGUUACCACAAUAAUAAUUAAACGGAGGUCGUCGGAGCACCUUUGAGAUCGUAGACAUUCUAUGGCCGUAUUGUCGAGCCAAUUCACGGAUGCACACACCACGGUCAUAUUUUUCUGUCUUUUCCAUCUUGAUUUCCAUGGUAAGCGUGGACCCGUGUUGAGUUCUCUCACAAGAAAAUCCGCCAUGUGUCCGUCUUGUGGUGAAGGGAAUAGUUACCUUUCUCGCACACAACAUAUAACUGUUUGCAUUACUCCAACACACUUAAUAUAAUCAAUCAGGGAAUAGUAUCGUUUCUCAUAUUUACUGUAGGACUGUUUGUAUUCAGUGUUGUUAAUCUUACUGAAAAAAAGUAAUUAAUUAUAGUUACAAAUGACUUCUCCCAAAAAGUAAUUGCGUUAGUAACUCAAUUACCUGAAUGUAAGAGUAAUUAGUUACUUGGCAAAGUAAUUGGUGAUAAUUACUUUUUUUUUUUGUCCCUCAAAAAAAAAAAAAAAAAAAAAACAUUGGCUGCACUAUGUGAAGUUUUUUGUGGAGCCCAAUUCUUUACCCUAAUUUACCCUUUACCCUGAAUCAACUGUUAAAAAGUUGUUAAAAUUGCUCCCACUAUUGCAUUAGUUCCCUUCUCUCUACUUUCGACAUAUGAAAGUUUUAAAACUGUUUCAUCAUUUAAAGAUAGAUUCAAGUCAAGAUUUUGCCGAUUUAGAAGUAUUUUAGAUAAAAAGUUACUUAGGUUCCCUAGGAAGUAGUGAUGCACGAUAAUACAUUUUUCAACCGAUAUCGAUAACCGAUAAUUUCCUGCCCCUUCCACCCGAUAACCAAUAAUGUCACGCCGAUAAUUUUAUUCAAAUAUAUAAGUAAAAUUUUAAAGUAUACAAAGAUCAAAUGUUACUGUGCAAAAAUGUAAUUUAGUGCUAUUUUUUUCCACAUCAAAUGUGAACAAGUAGUAAAUUCCAACAUCUAAACAAUGGCAAUGACAUUGUGUAAUGGUAAGGUUUUGGCAACAAUUACUUCGAGAGUAAACACCCAAGUUGCACAAAAAUGCCUUAAAACUAAGCCAUCCCUAACAUAUAUCACAUUACUACACUGCAAAAACAUCUACUUAAAACUAGCAGAAUUGGACAAAACUGUUGAGCGCGCACAUUUGGAGGCUAAAUCAAAUUAUUGCUCCUCUGGGGUUCAGAGGGGCAAAUUAGGUGAACCAAUUGGACUUGUAGUGUGACUGUGAUGACAGAGUAGAGGACAUGAGUUGAGCUACAAGCUGUUUUUACUCCACAGCAAAGGAAAAGUAAUUUCUUUUACAAACAUAUAUGUACACAACAGAAGUUAACAAAAGAAAUGGCCUCCAAAGGUCCAAAAAGUCCAAAUGGCCAUUAAAAAUUUCAACCAUUAGCAUACACAUUUUUUAAAUAUAUAAAUACACAAUAAAAUGUGUACCUUGCUUUUAAAUUCAACAUAUGAAGCAUAUUUAUACAUUGGAGAAUGGAUAUUCUUAAUACAUCUGUAUGUAACAACCAUUUUUAACAUGUACCGACUGGUUUCCGCUAGGGUAUGCUACAUCAUCAUCUUCCUACGCUAGGCCGUUAGCUCCGCAGGUUAGCAUACAACACCAUCCCGUUUGACUCCAAAACGCUCAAUAAACAUCGUUUUUUUUGCUUUUCACACCGUAUAUUAUUAUCCCAAACCCUUUCUAACAUUAAUAAUAUAUGCUAAACAGAUGGAUGCAGAGUUUUAACCAACCUGUGAUGACAGAGUAGAGGACAUGAGUUGAGCUACAAGCUGUUUUUACUCCACAGCAAAGGAAAAGUAAUUUCUUCCUCUGUGGCGCCUCCACUCUUCGCCGUCAGAACGCAACAUGCGCCAUCCGCAGGCCAAAGUAGGAAUUACAUUUAACUCAAAAGAGCUUAUGUUAGAAUCAAUUAAAAUAUUUCAAAGUAUAUAAUUAUCGGAUUGCAUUAUCGAUUGAAUUUGGUUUUAUCUGGAUUAUCUGUGUGACGUCAUAAUUGCCAUUAUCGGCCGAUAAUUAUCGGUGACCGAUAUUAUCGUGCAUCUCUACUAGGAAGGUUCUCUACAACAGAGCCGUCCUAAAAAGCCUACUGGUUUAAGAUGGCGGCUGUCUACUAACGCAUCUAGUGCCAUGUCUAUCAUUUUGCAUCUAGUUAUAUCUAUAUACAGUACAUGUGAUAUCUACCAUGUCUACCAUAUCUACCAUAACAUGCGGGCGUAGUUUGUCGGCUAUCGGCUACAACAUGUAUUAUUGGAGCUACCUAGCAUCGCGUUUGCUCGGCGUCACAACUUUCUUGCCUCCUCCCCGCUCCUGCUCUGCUCUGUCGUCUCGGUGAGUCCGUCUCCCUCAGACUUUUCGACCAAUAUAGUAACGCAUAGUAACGCAUGCCUUUCCGUCCUCAGUAACGGUAACGGCGUUGCCAAGAUGAGAAAAGUAAUUAAUUAGAUUACCCACUACUGGAAAAAAUAACGCCGUUAGUAACGCCGUUAUAUUGUAACGCCGUUAUUAACAACACUGUUUGUAUUACUCUAACACACCUAAUAUAAAAUAAAUAGCACUUAUACAAUAGUUUAAUGAAAAGAAGUAGAAUAGAGGGCAUAAAAGAUACACAACGCCAUCUUAUCACAGAAGUGUGCGUCACGAGCAAGAUUGACGCACCAACUCUUGCAAUCAGUUCUCCCGGGCAAUCCAGGACAAAGAGCAGGGCAUUCUGUCCGAAAACAAGUAGCAUCGGAGAACACCCCAUAUCCAACUGAUAACACAACUGACAAGACUCCAAGAGCCCUUUGACACUGAGGGGGCAGAAUCCACAUCCUAGUUACCCGGACAACAGUAACUCCAAAUUCUGCCUGUCCAAUCAACAAAAGACAAUAAUCCCACACACACCCUUCUUCUUCCUUCUUCACACCCUUCUUCCUGCCCACGCCCCGCGCCGCAAGAGCUUUCAAAAGACUGAACAUUUAGAUAACAACUGUCGCUUCUCGGGGACAUUUCGAUGUAGCCGUUGUUUUGCCGACCCUGGAUCCAGCAUUGUCUCUCCGUCGUUUUUUUACCUUGUUUUUGACUAUUGUCGAUGAAUAAAUAAACCUGUUUUCGGUGAGCCUUCUUUGAACCGUUCAAAAUGGAGUCAGUACAAAGGGUUAACACCGGUGUGAACGCGCGGGAUUUUGGCCCCUCCCGGCCAACUUGCGGGAGCGGUGCCAGCGGAAUACCAUUUGGUUUGGCUGUCGCUGUUUCCGCGGCUUGGCCGGUAAAACAAAGAGACUGCGGCGCUGUCAUAAAUCGUCGUACUUCGAGCAGGUCGUCUGAUGUAGAAACAAAUGGCAAGCCAAAUUUUACGUUGGAUGUCGAAAAGAUCAUAUGUCAAAGCGAUCAUAUGUCGAGGUACCACUGUAUUUAAUAUCAAUUUAAUAUUUAAUACGGCCCUGCUUUAGGCAACUGCAGAUGGAGGACACCAACAAAAGGCACUACUGCCUAAGUGCCACAAUAUGUUUUUCAGUCAAGGUAUUGGCAAGGUAUUGUUGACAACGAUUCAAAAAAAUGUACAGUAUAUACCUAUGCAAAGGGGUGAACUGGUAUUUGGAGAAAAUUUAACCAUACCACAAUAUGAAAUAUCACAAAUGUAAGAAUAUCAUGCUGAUGGGGGGUAAACAAACAAAGUGUAACAUAUUCAUAUUUUUGUUAAUAUUUGCUGCGAUAC